CGACCCAGCUGCUGCAGCCUCCGGCGAUCUCGAUCAGCAUGCUCCGAGCAGGAGGAAGACGCUCAAGAAUACGCACCAAGCUCUGCUGCCGUCCAAGACGAUGCGCACAUAGUCGGAGACUCCAGGGAAGGAGCGUGCGAUACCGGGCAGUGGCGACUGAUUCACCGUGGAGAAAGCGAGAUCGCAAUGCCAAGGACGAUUGCGAGCAAGCUGUAUGUGGAAGGAACGCGAGUGAAGAUUCGUAGACCGGGAAUGAAAGAGCUCUUCAGCAAGCUCGGCAUGGACGGAACCCAAAGAAAAUCUUCGAUAAAGAUCACGGGAAGCAAGAAAGUCUACGAGUCUCGAACUGAAAUGUUACGAGAUCUCAACACUGCCAUCCCUCAGCUGCCUCCCAGGUUCCGAUUCACGGAGCCAGGCAGACAGAAGACCAGCAGCGUCAAGGACGUGUCCAACCUCAUCGAGCGGCUCAACAAGUGGAACGAGGAGAGGAAGGCGAAGCUUAUGGACAAGAAGCUUAAGGAGGAGGGCGAGCCGGAUAUGCUGGGGGCUGCUCCUAGGACGCGGCUGAAUCGCAACGACAUGCAGAGCUUCCUCUCGCGGAUGGAUCGCCACGCAAGUCGUCGGGUAGACAAACUCAAGGACUUUGAUGCUCGGGUGAUAGAGGGACUGCGAAAACUUUCCUCCUCGGGUGCGAAAGAUGAUGAGGCGACAAAGAAGAGGCACGUACGGUUGAAGCGACUGCGAUCUAUGCAAUGAAAUGACUUGCUCCAGAAGAGCAUGUCAAGAAAUC